AUGGGCUCCAUUAAUACAAUUUUUCAUCGGAUACACCGAUUUGUCAACGGCGGAAACAAUGUGCGCUUCGUUCCAAACACAACUCCCGCGCCUGAGACAUUGACGUUAAAUCCAAGAGCAAUGCCGAGCAUUGUUUCUGACCGAAGGUUUCUUCUCAAAGCAUGUAAAUUUAUGGAUCAAGUGGUAAAAAGUUGUCAUAGCCCAAGAUUAAACUUGAAAAACUCGCCGCCUUUUAUUCUGGAUAUAUUGCCGGACACCUAUACGCAUUUAAUGCUAAUCUUCACCCACAACAAUGACAUACUCCAAGACAACGAGUAUCUGAGACUGUUCCUGGAAAGUUUGAUCAACAAAUGCAAAGAAAUUAUCAAGCUAUUCAAAACAUCGGGAAUAUACAAUGACCAAUCUGAUGAACGAAGGAAAUUGACGAAGAUGUCGCUUACGUUUUCUCAUAUGCUCUUCGAAAUAAAAGCUCUGUUUCCGGAAGGUCAAUACAUUGAAGACCGGUUUCGUAUGACUAAGAAAGAGGCCGACUGUUUUUGGAGUCAGCAUUUUUUGAAAAAAAACAUUGUGCCAUGGCCAGCGUUUCUCAUUGCGUUGGAAAAACACCACGGAGCAGUAUUAGGUAAAAUGGAAGCGGCAGAGCUCAAAUCGACGAUAGAUUUGAGUGGAGACGAUUUCAUUUCUAACUUUGAAUUUGACGUUUUCACCAGAUUGUUCUAUCCAUUCAAAACAUUAAUCAAGAACUGGCAAACUCUUACCUCCGCUCACCCCGGAUACUGCGCGUUUUUGACCUACGAUGAAGUCAAGAAGCGACUAGAAAAGCUGACAAGAAAACCAGGAAGCUAUAUUUUCCGGUUAUCGUGUACACGACCCGGACAGUGGGCAAUUGGUUAUGUAGCACCGGAUGGGAAAAUAUACCAAACGAUUCCACAGAAUAAAAGUUUAAUCCAAGCACUUCAUGAGGGUCAUAAGGAAGGAUUUUACAUCUAUCCAAACGGUCGUGAGCAAGACAUCAACUUGUCAAAAUUGAUGGAUGUACCACAAGCGGACCGAGUCCAAGUCACGAGUGAGCAAUACGAACUUUACUGCGAGAUGGGAACCACAUUCGAGCUUUGCAAAAUCUGCGACGAUAACGAGAAAAACAUCAAAAUUGAGCGUGCGGACAUUUGUUAUGCUCAAAAUGACUCGGAUGGUGGCGGAAAUACGUGUCCAUUCUGCCGUUAUGAAAUCAAAGGAACAAACCGUGUUAUCAUCGACAGGUUUAAGCCAACGUCAGCUGAAAUUGCGAAAGUAGCCGAAAGGAAGCUGAUUGCUAUUGCUCCGGAUAUUCCUCCAAGGACGUAUGUGUCUCAAACUCAAAGUUUGCCGCAUGAAUCGCACUCCAUACCAUCGGUCGACGAGUUGCCAUUGGUGCCGCCACCGUUGCCUGCUAAAACAUUGGCUGUGAAAGAAAUGAUGAAUACCUCACAAUCGUCAGCGUCGUACGUGAACGUGAGGGAAUUGGAAAACGUGGCAACAAGUUCUGAUGGCGAAUUGAGCCGACAACGUGCACCAUCCGUGCUAGCUCCACCACUUCCACCACGUCUCUCAAUUCUGGAACCACCUCGUCAUGAAUAUACAAAUACUUCAAAUCUCGCAUAA